CUUGUCCGGCUGGUCGAGGGUGAGAUGUUGGAUCAGCUGAACUGAAUGUCAAUUGUCAUAUUUGUCAUGGCGAAAUACGAAAUUCGUCAACACAAAGUUUAGCAAGAAGGCUGUUGUGUUUUUGAAAGGAAAGGGGAAAAAAGCUACAAGACAGAGAAUUUGUCAGCAUUUUAGUUAACUGAUUCAUAUUCGUUCACCACCAUGAGUCUGGGUACUGCACAAGAUGCAAAUGCGCCUUCAGUUGCAGAAGCAAAUGAAUUGCUUGAUAAGAUCGUUUUAAAACAAUUGCAUUUGAUGGAAGAAAAAAUGCGAUGUGAAUUAAAUAUAGAGUCUAGCAUUAAGAAUGGAAGUAUACACCUUGCAAAGUCGCGUUAUAUAAUGGGCCAGAGCGCUGUAAGCACAGCACGACUACCCACGGAGAGCAGUGCGGACUUCUCUGCAUCUACAGUAUGUGAAACUGUGGAAGAGGAUGGCAUUAAACAGAUCAAGGUGAUUGAAAAUGACGCUGAGAAUACUGUUAACCCUCUCCGCUGGUUUGGAGUCCUGGUCCCGCAGAAUAUGCACAAGGCACAAAACAUAUUCCAAAAUACUAUCAACUUUAUUGUUGAGUGUGUUAAUGUUCAAGUUCAAUUGCAGACAAAUCUAAAAUAUAUAGGUAUGUUGAGACAGUAUAUAAAUUCAGUAAAUUAAAUUCCAUUGCUUUUAUAUUCUUAGCCUUAUUGUUACACUGUUCCUCUUCUAUACUGUACAAUUGUUAGUAUAAUUAAGACUUGAGAUAACUUAAUCUGGUAUUAUUUGUACCCUAGAGGGAUAUUCUUAUAGAAAUUAAACAAGUAAUGUUUGAAUUAUCAUUUAUUUAUAUUCAUCAGUGUAAUGAUCACUAGGUGUCAUGUCAUUGUUAAUUGUACUGUAAUAAGCAACAUUUACUUAAUUGGUUUAAUCACAACAUAGUGAAAGGCCUUUCUAGGAUGAGGAAUGCAUUGUGAUCAUGUAUUGUGUUAAUCAAUGGCACUUUCAAAUUACAUGUAAACAAGUAUUUAUUUAUUGAUAACAUUAUAAAUAUAGCUUUAUUGGUGUCACAUACUUGUUACAAUAUUAAUAAUUACUAUUUUCACGAUCAUAAAAAUCAUAUUAUCUAGGAACUUCUAUGCUGUUUUAUGACACUGAACAAUUUAAAUAACAUUAAAAUUCUUUGAAAUAUAUUAAGAA